AUGGAUGCUAAUAUAUUAGCGUCGUUAUUAUUGACGCUAACAACAUUUGUAACAUUUUCAAAGGGGGCCGGUGAAAUAAAUAGGAUUCCUGCUAGGCCAUGUUUUCAACACGCACAACCCGGAGAUACAAUAUAUAAAUAUAAUUUAACGGAUAUUUACGGAACGGAUAAUAUAAGUUUAUCCGAAUUCGAAGGUAAGGUUGUACUCGUUGUUAAUGUGGCAACCUACUGA